GUGACAUUGGAAUUUGUAAAGUUUCUGAAAACACCCAAAUCGUUAUGGUUUUCUUUGACGUCUGUAAUGUUGCUUUGCAUUUCAUAGAGUACGAAAGUUGUAAUCUGGUUACCUUGUUGGAAGUUUGUAAACGUGCUUAAACAGCUGUUCGUUCUAUGUAUGGGCUGUAUAAGCCAGUGUUAUGUAUGUUGUAAGGAGAGUGUACAUGCAUAUACUGAAGAAAUGUUUUAGGUGUUAAGGAAAGCAAUUAAUUUGAGGAGAGAAAUUAUGUCCAAAAUGGCUGCUGAUGAACCAUUGGAGGUUGCAAACUGGGUGAGAGAGAGAGUCCUUGGGAGUGGUGGUUUUGGGCAGGUCACUUUAUGGCGACACAAGACAAAGGAUGAAAUGAUUGGUGAGCUCUGAAAAAAUGUAGGACAGGCACAGAUGCAAUUUUGACUGAGAAACAUAAAGAAAGAUGGUCCAAAGAGGUGGAAAUAAUGCAGCGUUUGAAUCACCCAAAUGUUGUUAAAGCAAUUGCAGUACCACCAGAUCUUGCAGUCCUACGUUCAAAGCUUCCAUUAAUGUGCAUGGAAUUUUGUUCAAAAGGUGAUCUUAGACAGGUUUUAAACCGAAGUGAAAACUGCUGCGGUCUGUGUGAAGCAGAAGUUCGGUCACUGAUAUCAGAUGUGAAAAGUGCAGUUCAGUACUUACACUCCAUGAAAAUCACUCACAGAGAUCUCAAGCCAGAAAACAUAGUUCUGCAACAAGAAGAAGAUAGGAUUGUGUACAAACUGAUAGACCUGGGAUAUGCCAAAGAACUGGAUCAAAGCAGCAUCUGCACUUCAUUUGUUGGUACCCUGCAGUAUUUGGCCCCAGAAUUGUUCAUGAGUAAAACGUACAACUACUCAGUAGACUAUUGGAGCCUUGGUUUGGUCUCACAUGAAGUGAUAACAGGUGUUCGUCCAUUCUUACCUAACAUGGCUCCUGUUUCAUGGAUGACUCACGUGAGGGAAAAGUCUUCAGAUGACAUCUGUGCAUACAAGGCUGAAGAUGGCACUAUUGUAUUCAGCAAAGAACUUUUUCUUCAGAAUCAUAUUUCAAGUUGUCUGAAAUGUUAUGUGGAGAAGUGGCUGAAACUUUUACUCGAGUGGGAUGCAGCAAAACGAGGACGUAUCCUGAACAGAAACAAAGAACUCCAAAUUGUUGUAUUUGAUUUAAUAGAAGAUAUUCUAAGCAAGAAGAUUAUAAACGUUUUCUCUGUGCCAUCAUAUCAGAAUUUGAGUUAUGAGAUCGAUGAUUCAACAGCAGUCAGUACACUCCAAACAUGGAUAGAACGUGACACUAGAAUUCCAGUUCAGGAACAAGAACUCCUGCUUUCUUCAGGUCAGCCAUUUGACAUAAGCAAGGAGGCAUGCCAGUGUUGGGUACCACAAACCCUUAAUAACCAGAACGUGAACACUAUGGUCUAUGUAUAUCAUCGUGGGUCACUGGCAAUACAGAAUUUUGCUCCCAGUGUGCCUCAAACUGUGAGUAAGAUGAUGGAGGAGCCUCGUAACAAAGUAGAAUUUGUUCAUCAGAAGAGAGCGUGGGCUCAUGCUGUGUUCUUCUUGCAACAAGAAAUGGAACUGUAUCAUGCGUUCCUCCAAGCAUACAGAGUGAAGAUGCUUCAUGUCAUCUCCAGCAAUGCCAAAUUGAAUGAACAAACACAGGCAGUGGUUAGCCAUCUCCAGCAAGUGGAGGCACAAUUGCAGUUGAUCCUAGAGUCCCUCCAUUUUGAUGAAGAUCAAGCAAAGAAAAUUGGAUUUUUUUCUGAAGAAGUGAUGCAUUCAUGGAGUAAAAUGAAUGCUUCUGUUGGUAGAAGGAUAGCAAAACUGAAGGAAAUAGUGAGUCAGCUUGAAAGUAAAUGUGAUGUGGCAAAUGGCAAGACCAUGGACCUUCAGAGAAACCCAUACACAAAGAUGGCAGACCAUGAGGUUCUUAUGUCACUUCUUGAAGAAGGCCAGAAACGCUAUGACAGUUUGCGUCGGCGACCAAAGGAAAAUCGGUACGAACAGACAGACAACGUUGAAAUGGUGAAGAUUGUGUACAACUGUUUAAAGCAUCGGGAUAAGCUUCUGAGGGACAAAACAUUUAAUGCUCAUUUGCAGCAAGUGAUAGAUGUUCAGAUGGAAAUUGAACAGCUUUGGAACCCACUGAAUUCUUCAGUCCAGGUGAUAAACAAAGUACAGAUGGAACUGAAGCAAACCCAGCUGGACAGGCAGCAUGACAUAUGGCUGCAGAUGACACAAGAUUCUUGUAAUGGAUUCACAGUACCAAGAGAUCUUACAAAAUCUCAUGCAGUAUAUCGCCCAGUUGUAAUUACUACAUCACAGCCUUUGUCCACUAGUAUGAGUAUAGAUAAUAGAGAAGACAAAACUGAAAUCUUGGUGCCAACUAGUGAACACAGUUUCACAGAACCAAAACAAUUUAGGCUUACUGCAUCAUCUGUACAGCCAGCAUUGGUGUCUAAUGAUCAGGCUUACAGAGACCCACCUGAACAGAUGUCAGUAUCCUUAUCAAAUUCACAAUGUGAUAGUUCAGCAAUGAUCGAUUACAAUGUUUCAUUGAGAUAUGCGACUCAGGAUUUGAUGAACGAAAGUUUCCAGCACUACCGCAGGGUCUUGAAUGAAGAUCAGUCUCUGGACUGGGCAUUCCUUGAAAAGCAGGAUUAAUCAAAAAGUCAGGCAGUUUUGCAGUUAAUUAGAACUGUUAAGCACUCCAUAUCUCUACAUCACUGGUAAUCAAACAGGUGUGCCACAAAUGAGUGGGGAUGAAGCAAAUUGUGUGCAAUAAACAGAUCACUAAGCUUAGUGCUUAGAUGGAUCUGAACACAAAAACCAGAUGUGUUAAAUUCUGUCUUCAGGCUUUUAGAAUUUAUGAUGCAGUGACUGAAUUGACGAGCAGUAGGUAAGAAGCAGUUCUGUUGUAAGAUACCGAAGUAGCAUUCUUUGAGGAGGACUGGAGAUACCAUGAAAUCUAUUUGCUUUCAAGAAAGUUGUCUGUAUAUGAUCCUCUAACAACUAGUAUCUGCAGGAUGUAUAGCAUUAGUGGUAGUGUUCAUCUAGCUAUGCCAGCAGUUAGCAGAGUUGAAAUCUGUUUUACAUUAACUUACUUCUGGCUGAAACAGUUAGUAUACUGAUAAUACUCUCAUCUUGUUUUGUACAUACCUCAACUUUGCUACCAAUUACCAUUACUGAAGAUGGCUGUCUUCUGAGUUGUUACACCAUGUAGUAUGGUAGAAGUUUAUCAACAUUUCAGAGGUUGCUACCAGGUGCUUUCAGACUACACUGCACAACAAACCAGAAGACAAGCAUCUUCAUAUUUGCUGCUGUGAGAAUCUCAUUGUUGAAAUUUUUAUGGUUUCCUGUGUUCUGAUAAAUGCUGGAAUGGAAUCUUCAGACAGACUUGUGUAGCAACUGAAAGUUUUAAAAGGGCGCCUAUUAAUGUCACCAUAUCAUCUGUCUGUCCGUAUAUAACAUCUUAAGGACAGCUGAACAAAUUUUCAGUUUUGGUUACAAUAACUGGCAUUUUACAUGAACACCUAUGUGCUUUCUUCAUGUGGGUGUGACUGGAUGGGGAAUCUUCUGACUGUGUUGGUUGCCUGGGGAGUUACUGCCACCCACACAACGCUGAUUUCACUAGUGCCAUUCACAAAGAUUUAAGGUCAAGUUCUGGCAAAUGUGCUAGAAUUGUUGCUCUGUGUGUAUGUUUCCUAAUUUCUCAAAUUUGUAACCUACCCAGCAUCCAUAUUCAUAUCCUCGCCUCAUUGGUGAUAUUAGCAUACAUGUCAUUUAGUAACCAAAGAACAAUUUUCCUUCAUUGUAAGAAUAUUCCAGUUUUUCUCAUAUUGAAUUUAUGUGUUGAUUUUUUUAUGGGUGAGUAUUUUGAUGUCUUUUCUGGGAAAGUUGCUCUUAUGUUCCAUUUCAGGAAUUUAUACUGCCUCUUUUCAUGUUAAUGUUUAAUUUUGUAAACAGUAGGCACAAUGCAGCUGAGCUCUUGUGCCAGUAUAAAUUAAAUCUACAGCAAAGAAAUUGCAUGACAUUUUUCAUCAAUUAAAAUCUGUGUAUUGCCCACUGUUUGCUUUAUACCUGAAAGCAGAAUUACAUCGAUUAAUAAAAUUCUGCAAAUGUGGAGUGAGGAAAAAUUCUGCCCCCUCAUUGUCAGAAGCUUGUUUUAUUUUCAUGUGUCAGCAAGAAUUGCAUGGCAUUUAUUACAUAUAUAUUGUUAUAUCACCUCUUAUAAGGGAUUAGUGAUAGAAUUACAAUAUGGAAUGUUUUUGGCCAGUAUCAUUUGACUAAACCAUUUACAGGGGUGGUGUUGAGUAACAGUGCCUUUCAUGAAAUGUUCCUGCAUGUCUUAUAUGUGGUUUUAAUUUUUUUAUUUCUACUUUUUAUUCCCUCUGUAUAUAUUUUAUCUUUGUUACUUUUGUAUUUUAAUAUGAACUUGGGAGGAUUGUUAUUAUUAAAUUAUAUCUGUUGUGUUGUCUGUUUGCAUUGUGUGCAGUAUUUUAAUAUAUUUGCUGUUAUAUAUGUGGACCUCACAUAUUUGUGUCAGUUCUCUGCAGCCUUGCUUCUGUGGAGACAAAUUUUUAAGACGAAAGAAGAACCACUGCAUAGCCAAACUGCGUACUGUAAGUCUCAAUAGGAUAUUCCCACAUGUAUAUGCAGUUCAGUUUCUAUAUUUCUUUGUCAUUUUCACAAAAUAUUUGCUUUUUAACCCAUUUCUCCUGCUACUUUCUUCAUUUCAUGAUAAAAAAAAUCAUAUGGUAUCAAUUCUGUCUGCAUAAGUGUAUCUCCAGUUAUCAAGAAGCAAGGUAUGAACAUUUUUCCACUGAAUGCCAUCUGAUUUUUUGUGUUUUUUAAUUACUUGCCCUCAGCAGACUGGUGUAGCAAUAGGACUCUUAGAUGCCACAUAGAUGACAUAUGCCACAACUGCCUCUGUACUAAAGCUAUGACCUGCUUAUCAUUUAUGAUCAUUUUCCAUCUCAUCCAAUGAUUUGCAGUUUUAAUUGUAUUGUUAACUAAUUUAAGAAUCAUUCAGUGUCCAUGAAGUUUAGCAUUUCAUAAACUUUGACAUACUACUCUGUUUGCAGAAUGUUAAUGCUACAAUUAUCCCCGCAGGUAAUUUCAUGUGCAGUUAAGUUACGAGGUAUGCAGGACUAGAUAGUUAAUAGGAAAACUUUUAAAUCUUGACAGAUGUUUGCUUAGCAGGUCAGCCUUGAUAGAGUACAGAAGCAUGAACAGAGGAUAUGAACAACUGAAGGUUAGUGAAGGCUGAAGGUAUACCUGAUUGUUGAUAAACAAUAAUACUAGCACUUUUGAUCUUUUGUUUACUUCCACUGUUGAUGGAUAUGAUGUAAUAAUACACUGGUAGCACUGACACACAAUAGACACAGUUUGUUACACUGAAUAAAUUUUGGUAACAAGAAAUGUUUCCUCACCAGAAGUUGCUUUUUUUUUAUCUGUUACUACACAAAAUUUUGGGAAUCUGCAGUAAGGGGCACAAGUCUGUACAUUAUUGGUUUUAUUAAUAGUAUCAAAUUAAAGAGCACAGAAGUGGGGUGUCCUGUAGUGACAUGAUGUUCAUACCAAGUUUCAUGAAAAUGUUGAUUAAAAUGUAUUAGUGGGAUUGAGACAUGGACAGGCUUGUGGAUAUGAGAAUCUGUGUGGUAAAAUAGUAAAUGUAAGCUAAAAGUUUGUUCUUCCAUUACAGAUAUUAAACCUUUUACUUAUACCCUGAACAUACUCAUAUAGAGGUAUAUUACAUCCAUGGUAAACCAUGUAGGUACUAUUAGAGUAGAGUAGUCUCAAUUUUUAAAACAUAUCAAUGAUGGUUAAAAACUGCAUUGUUUCCGUCACAGAAGAAAGAGAUUUUAAGCAGUAUUAAGUUUGUAAUUUUUAUUGUCAUAGUUUUUAGUUUUAAUUCUUUGUGGUCCAAGAUGAGAAACAUGUUGUUUUUAGAAAACCUGCAAGGUAGAGACAUCUUGGAAGAACCAGACAUAGUUUGGAGGAUAAUAUUAAAGUAAUUUGGUAAUUUUAAAGUUAUGUGUUGUGAUGGUAUGGAAUGAAUUCAGUUUGCUCAAGCUAGGGUAUAGUGGGGUAAUGUUUUGUAUGUGGUCCUGAAAUUACAGAUUUUAUAUGGUGCUGAGAACUACUUAGCCAGUUGACAUAUUAGUAUAUAAUGUGCCUUCCAGUAGUUGACCAUGAAAGAAUUAAAAUUAUUUUAAUUUUAACAUAGAAGCAUCUCACUGACUUAAAAAGUGGAUGACCUGUAAAACAGGAUUUUUAUUUACUUGUAUGGGAGUGAAUGUGUCAGUACAAGAUGACUUACAUCAUCUUCCAUAUAUCUCUUUUAAAUAUAACAUUUACAUUAGUGUUUUAUUGAUACAAACAAAUUUCAGUGUGUAAAUCAGGGCAUCGAGACCAGAUUGAUGUAGACGUGAAAAUGUUGAUACUUUCCAUUGUUCGGUGUAAUUACACAUUCAUAGUAUCUCUGGUCUGUCCUGUGUCAUCUGUAUUUGUUUGUCCACCCCUGUUAUAUGUGACAGUAGAAAACCUGAAAAUCAGAUCUCUUGUAUAUUAUAUUUUAAUUUUCAGGAACAACUCAGCAUUAUAUAAGCAUUUAAUAUUUUAUACUUAUUCACAUACAUCAACUACAUAUAAUAAAACAGGAGAUUAAUGUCCUUAUGUUUAUUUAAUUAUGCAUUACCAAAAUAAAGGGGUCUAAUUAAAAAGAAUAAACUCUUUCAUCCUUCAUUUUUGUGUUAAGGUAAUAAGCCAUUUCUUGUUAUAGUAACUUAUAAAUUUGCUAUAUGAAUGAAUAAAUAAAAUAAAAUACCAA